ACAGAGGGAGGAGUGAAAGCACUCGAAUCUCCUCUCACCCACCACCGAAAACUCUCGCAUUCAUUCAAUCGAUCGCUUAUCUCUCUCUCUUCUUCCUCUCUUCUUUCGGUUGCUCCGAUCGAUGGCGAAUAAUCGAUUUGCGGGGCGCGCGAUCGAUCGGCCGCGCGAGAGAGCAAUGCUGGCAUUGCUCUUGUUUUCUCUAUCCCUGGAUCUCUCGCUGGGGCAGUAUGAUCACGCCAAUGCCUAUGGCGUUCCCGCGAUUCUAAUCUUCGGCGAUUCCACCGUGGACGCGGGCAACAACAAUGUGUUUAGCACGAUCAUGCACAGCAAUCACGCGCCGUAUGGCCGCGAUUUUGGAUUCCCCACCGGGAGAUUCAGCAAUGGUCUGCUCGCGCCGGACAUCGUCGCUCAGAAGCUCAAUCUCCCAUUCCCGCUCGCGUUCACUAGUCCGAAUGCCACCGGAGACAAUCUCAUCUUUGGAGCGAAUUUCGCGUCGGCAGCGUCGGGGCUGGUCGAUUCCACGGCUUCGUUGUUUAAUGUGGCUUCGUCCACGCAGCAGCUCAAGUGGUUUGCGAGUUAUCGGCAGCAAUUGGAGCGGAUAGCCGGGCCCGAUCGCGCGCAAUCGAUCCUCUCCAGGGCGCUCUACGUGAUAAGCUCCGGGAGCAACGAUUAUAUCUACUAUCGCCUCAACACUCGCCUCUCCUCGCAGUACAAUAACGAGCAAUUCCGGGAGCUCCUCAUCAAGCAGACCUCGCAAUUCAUCCAGGAGCUUUACAAUGUCGGUGGGCGCCGAUUUGCGGUAGUCUCAGUGCCUCCGCUGGGAUGCUUGCCAUCGGAGAUCACAACCGCGGGCAAACGCGAUAGAAGCUGCGUGGAAGAUCUCAAUUCCAAGGCCGUCGCCCACAAUGUCGCGCUCCAGCAGCUGCUCACGCGAACCAAGGCCUCACUUCCGGGAACCAAGGUCGCAUACCUCGACUGCUACAGCGUCCUCUUCGAUGCCAUCCACAAUCCUGCGAAAUACGGGUUUAGCGAGACGAAUCGAGGCUGCUGCGGCUCCGGAUUGAUCGAAGUGGGCGAUCUCUGCAAUGGAUUGUCGAUGGGGACGUGCUCCGACUCCUCCAAAUUCGUCUUCUGGGACAGCUUCCACCCGACGCAGGCAAUGUAUGGAAUCAUCGCCGAGGUGUUUUACAACCAGGCCGCCGCGGUGCUCUAGUGAGCGCAAAUCGAGAACUCUAGACAAGGAAAAGCCCUCUCCCAUCUUCCAAAUCCAAUCCCAAAAGAGAAAAGAGCUCGAGACACUGUAAAUUUGGUCACUGAGAUUCGGGCAGUAAGUAUAAAAGCGCUUAAUCCUUCGAUCGCUUCCUUCCUCCUCGCUGCGCGCAUCGCAUCGCCGAGACGACGACGUACACAAUUCUUACAUACAUUAAAACAUACGUAUUGUUUAUUACGGAGGGUUUAUUCCGUACUUUGUACGAAGAGACCCUUCUUGUACGGAUACCACUUUGAUUUUAGGGUUCUUCUUCGGGGUAGCAGUUGUCGGUCUCGCAGACGCUGCAAAUCGGCCCGUAGAGGAGGAGGGCGGAGCACUCGCCGCAGAGCUUGCCCGGGACGCGCAGGAUGUGGGCGAGCGUGACGGUCUCCCAGAAAUCGAGCUUGCGGUUGUGAUCGGCGUCGAGGGCGUCGAAGCACGAGAGGGCGACCGCUUUGACGGCGGGGUCGCUGUAGCGUUCCACCUCCGUUCGCGUCACCCCCCUACUCGCAUUUUGAUCCAUGCCUUUGAAGAGGCGCAGCGCCUGGGAUCGCUGCUCCAGGGGGAGCUUGUGGUACGCGGCCUUGGCCUCCUGGUGGAGGCGGCGGAUUGGAUCGUUGCAGAUGGAGUGAUCAUGGGCCGGGAGAUUGCACUGAGCCAUGGGAGAGAGAUCUAGAGGUGCUAGUUUGUGAUGAAUUCCAUGGCGGGAUGGUCGUUUAUAUAGUGAGAUCGUUGCGCCCACCACUACCGCCCUUGAAUCGAAUCAAACGUACGCGGGAGAUGCUCAGCGAUUCAUGAAUGAUAGAGCUGCCGACCAUGGCUAAGAUCAGAUCGUAUAGGCGCGAUAAGUGUUUAGUCUACACACGAUUCUUCUUCUUCUUUGGUUUUCCUGCGCGGACACCAUGAAAGAGAGGAAUCACAACACUCGCACAGCAUGUAGUACACCUCACAUAGAAAACACUUGGAAUUAUUAUGAGAUAGAGCCAUGGUCCACAACACACACAAGAUUUAAUAGAGUAUGGUACCACCACAGGGAGGGAGAGAGAGAGAGAGAGAGAUUUAUAAAAACUUCCAUCAAUCAUGUGUC